ACGUGGAUGACGUUUGCGGAAGAACGUCGUUGCUUUAGCCUGGUAACCAAGAAACCAAAACACAGGGGGGUGUUUUAGUAUUAAACCUACAAGAAAUCGGAAUUUUUUUCAGAUUUCGCUUCGACUCUGUCCAGUAGACUUACUGGCAAACCCUGUGGCUGCCAGACGACUGAGAAGUAGCUGAACUUCGACUAAGAUGGAGGACCCUGGUGGGACUGGAGCAGAGUCUGCGGCUCCAUCACCAGCAGGUGCAGCCAAGUCAAAGCUGGACACGCUGUCCAAAGAUGACCUUAUCAAGUUUGCAAAGAAGCAGAUGGCUGUCAUGCAAAAGAUGAAGGGCAGAUGUGCAGAUUUGGAAAGAGAAGUUGGAUCCCUCAAAGAGCAAUCUAAAAACAAUAACAAUGGUUCAGAUGACUCCACUCUGAUACAGGAGCUAACUGAGAGGAUGGAUGCCUUACUACUGGAGAAGGCAGAAACCCAGCAAAGUCUUUCUCUAUCUCGUAAAGAUCUAGAGAAGGCUAAGCAGCAAGCCAAGGGUGAUCUAUUGAUGCUGCAAGGAGAGCUUGACCGUGUAAGAGAAGAUCACCAAAGAGAGUUCAAGAGCCUAGAGAGCAGAAUCGAGGAAUCCAACAGCAAACACCAAGAAGAAGUGGCUUUUUUCCAGAAAUUACUGAAAGAGCGGGAAGAAAGCGACAGGGAGAGUGGAAGAGAAAGAGAGAGGGCAAAAGAGAGCACUGAAGAGGUCCGCCUUUGCUUAGAAGCUCAGCUGGAAACUCUUCGAGCUGAACUAGAAGCGACCCACAAGCUAAAAGCCCAAGGGAUCUGUGAGCUGCAGGAGAGCCACCAAAGGGAGUUGACAGAGACCCAGCAGGAGGUGGAGAACCUGAAGGAGGAGCUGGCUCAGAAGAGUCUGCAGCACGAAGACGAGAUGAGGGCUCUGGAGGAGGACUGUGAAAUCGAGAGGGAGCGUCUCCUGCUGCUCCACGAGGAGCUGACAGAGCAGCUCGCUCUCAAAGACAGCUACCUGCAGGAUGUGCAGGAGGAAGACGAGGACCCGGCCCGUGGUUCAGGGAUUGCCAAAAUGCUGGAGCUGUCUGCCUGCAGUCAGGGUGACUCCAGCCAUGGCGAUGGGGACGAGACAGAGACUGGAAGACUGAGAGCAGCUUUGGAAGAACUUCAAUCCCAGAGCACCAUGUUACAGGACGAACUCACCCUGCUCAGUAAUGUAAAGAGUGAGCUCGAGGCAGAGCUGGAAAAGGCAAAGGAUGAGUUUCAGAUGGAGAAAGAAGAGCUGGAGUUCAAACUCAAUGAAUUGCAAAUGAACCGGGAAAGUGCUCCAAGUGACCCAGCCGUAAUCCGGGACCCUGACCAACAGGAAGUCCCAGGAGACUUUCAGCAACAGAGUGAAGCACACAAAGAUGGAAGUGAAUCAGCAAUCAGUCCUGUGGACCAAAACCCUUUGAAUCCAGAGGCGUUGAGGGCCCAGUGUGACGCCUUGAUCAGAGAAAGAGACUCCGCUGUGGACGAGUGUCAACACAUGAGAGACAUAUUGCAAGGCGUGGAGACCGAACUGGGUGAGAAGACGACAGAUUUUGUCAUUCAGUACAAAGCCAUGAAGGAGCAAGAGGUAAAUACUGUACGGGAACUCCAAGACCAGAUGGAACAACUUAGCCAAGAGAGGGAUGAACUGUUGCUGAGGGUGACAGACGGUACAGAGGAGAAAAACACUCUGAUGAAGAACCUACAAGACCUGAGGCUGAAGCUUGACGGUUUCGCCGGUGAGGACCAGAAACUCCAGUCGUCUGUAGAGGAACAAACCAGUUUAGCCUGUGAGCUGAAGCAAUCUGUGGAGGAACUGACAAGGCAGAACGUGGAGAUCCUCUCCCAGCUGCAAGUGAAGGAAAACAUGACUCAAGAACUGAAAGAGAUGGUCAACACGCUGACUGCAGAGCGAGACGAAAUACAGUCCCAGCUUCAGCACAGUGAAGAGGAAAUGCAAAAGCAAAACAACGAUAGAACAAAAGAAAUCGAUAGGAUGCUUCAGGAGAAAGAGAAAGAGGCACUUUUGCAUAGAGAGGAGAACGAGAAGGAUUUGAAAAGCCUGAAAGAGAGGGAGGAUGAAGUGCAACACCUGAAAGAGGAGAGGGAAAAGAUGGAGGAGAGCCUGAAAGAGGAGAGGGAAAGACGACAGGAGACAGUUUCUGCUUUAGAGCUGACUAUCAAAGACCUCUCCACAGAGAAGACUGACCUCCAACGAGAAUUGGAAGAGGCAUCUUCUGGACUUUCCAAAGCAUGGGAAACAAGGGAGCUUUUGGGCUCCAAGCUGGCAUCCCUGGAGGCUCAGCUAGAGCAGGAGACGUCUGAAAAGAAUCAUCUAGAGGCAAAGUUGAGUUCACUGGCAGAGGAGGCAGAUCAGGCCCGCCCCACCACCACAGCCCUGGAGGAAAAUCAUCCUGAAGUGCUCAAAAACUCCACAGAGGAAGUUGAUGAGCUCCGAGCACGCGUGGAUGAGCUGGAAAAGGAAGGGGGGCUGUUGAGGAGUAGUCUUGAGGAGGCUCAAGGGGUAAUGGGAUUAGAGGAGGCGGGGAAGGAGCUCCAGGCUCGUAUCGCAGACCUGGAACAGGAGAGGAGCAUGUUGAGGAACAACCUGGAGGAGGUGGUGAAGGAUACAGAAGGGCUGCAGAAAGACCUGGAGGAAAUGAAGUCAUUCAACGAGAAGUUUAAUGAGGAGAACAAGAGACUGCAGGCUCACAUUUCUGAGAUGACUCAAGAGAAGGAAGAAAAGAAGGAAGAGGAACUGGAGAGAAGGAUGGAGAAAGAGCUCAAAGAUCAACUGACAGAGAAGGAUUCAUUUGUGUCUCAGUUGAGGAGUGAAAUUGCUGCUCUCCAGGAGUCUGCUGCUCAGGCUGCUUCCUCUGAGGAAAAUACAGCCAGUGAGAUCACAAAGAAAAUAGCUCUCCUGGAGAAAGAACACAAAGAAAAAGAUGGGAAGAUGAACAAAAUCAAGGCAGUCGCCAUCAAAGCAAAGAAGGAGCUGGAAACCAGUAAGAAAGAGGUUGCGUCCCUCAAGAAGGGAGUAGAAUCCCUGAAGGCAGAGAGGGAGAAAGUGAGCAGCUCUAUGAAAGAUAUCAUCCAUGGUGCUGAAGGCUACAAGAAUCUGCAGAUAGAUUACGACAGGCAGACGGAGCAACUGGAUAAAGAGAGGGAGAAGGUGGAGGAGGCGGAAAGACGGAUGGCUGAGCUGACCAAACGACUCAGCAGUGCUGUCACACAGACAGAGGCACUUAGCAGUGAGAAGGAGAACCUGCUGGCCUGUAUAGAGACGGCAAGGAGCACAGUGAGGCAGCUGGAAGCUCAAAACCAGGAGCUACAAAGACAGUCAACCAGUCUGGACAGGGACCUGCUGACUGAGAGAGCAAUGAAAGAACAGAAGAUCAAGGACUUGUCAUCUGCAACGAAGGAGGUUGAAGAGCUGACAGCCCAGCUCCGCAAGCAGCAGCAACAGUCUCAGCAGACUGCCCAGGAGCUGGAGCAGCUACGCAAGGGGGCGCAGCAGAGCUCUCUGCUGGACAUGGAGAUGGCCGACUACGAACGCCUGGUGAAAGAACUCAAUGCCAAACUUUUAGAUAGAGAUGAGUGUGCUGAGAAGUUAAAGGCCCAGAUAAACAACCUGACCCAGAAGGAGGAUGCACUCAAACAGGAAAUCGAGGAUUUGAAGUCCCAGCUGGACCAGGGGGAGGAGAAAACCUCCAAGAUGAAACAGCUGCUGGUGAAGACCAAGAAGGACUUGGCUGAUGCCAAGAUGCAGGAAAGCUCCCUCUUGAUGCUGCAGGCCUCUCUGAAAGGAGAGCUGGAGGCUAAUCAACAGCAGCUAGAAAACUCAAAGAUCGAGGUGUGCAAGCUCACGGGCGAGCGACACCGUCUGCAGGAGCAGCUGAGGUCUACGUUGGAACAGCAACAGAGAACCAACAGCUCCUUGCAGCAACGCCUCAACAGUCUGCAGCAGGAAAGAGAUGAUGCUAAGACAGAGCUCAUGUCAACAGCUGGCGAGUUUGACGGUUAUAAGGUGCGAGUCCACAAUGUGCUCAAACAGCAGAAGAGUAAAACCACUGCCCAGAGUGAAGGAGACUCUAGCAAAUUAGAGAGGGAGCAGUUGUCCUCGCAGGUAGAGCAGCUGAGGUCCAGGCUGGCAGAGAGCCAGCAGAGCCUCCAGAGCAGCACAGCAGAGCUGCAGCAGCUCCAGACUGAACACGACACUCUGCUGGAGAGACACAACAAGAUCCUCCAGGAAACCGUCAGCAAGGAGGCCGAGCUCCGUGAGAGGCUGCUGUCAGUGCAGUCGGAGAACGUGGCUCUGAGGUUGGAUGUGUCCCAGGCUCAGAAGGACCUGUCUUCCCAGGUCGAGGCCCAGCGCCACAUCUACAGGGAGCAGCUGAGGAAGCUGCAGGAUGACCACCGGGCCACCGUGGAGACCCUGCAGGGCCAGCUGACCCGUGUCGAGGAGCAACUCUUCCACCUGCAGAGCCAGAACAGUUCAGUGGCGAUCCAGUCCGGCCGUAAGUCCCUGACCUCAGACGCCCAGCGCAGAAACACAGAUCAGAACCAGGCAGGUCUGGGAAUGAUGCUCCUCAGCGACCCCCGUUCUAUGGCCAGAGAGGAGGGCGAGGGAAUGGAGACCACUGAGACUGAGAACCCGUCCCCUGCUCUUUCGCCCCUGCCCUCUCUGGAGCAGCUUCUCACGUCCCCGGACCCCAAACAAGAGCCUUUUGUGUGGACGGUGGAGCCCACCAAAGACGAGCUCAGUCUCAAGCUGAGCACGGCCACGCGCGGCAUGGAGCAUAUGAACAGCCUCCUGCAUGAAACCGAGGCCACCAAUGCUGUUCUCAUGGAGCAGAUCACCUUACUGAAGAGUGAAGUUCGUCGUCUAGAACGAAACCAGGAGAGGGAGAAGAGUGUGGCCAACCUGGAGUAUCUCAAGAACGUCCUGCUGCAGUUCAUCUUCCUUCAAUCUGGCAGCGAGAGGCAGGCACUUCUACCCGUCAUUCACACAAUGCUGCAACUCAGUCCAGAGGAGAAAAGCAAACUGGCUGCCAUUGCACAAGGUGAGGAAGAGGGGUCCGGUUCUCGGGGCUCAGGCUGGAGCUCCUAUCUUCACAGCUGGUCUGGGAUCAGAUAGACUUGAUGAUCAACCAACCCAACAAAAACAAUAGGAGCAGAGUGCUAAUAGGUUACUGGGCCAUUUUCUGUGAAAACACGCACUAAGCAGUGAUGCGACACAUUUAAAGUAGUGACAAAAGUUGGAGGUUAACUGGGACAUUUACUAAAUUGGGUGCACCAUAGAAGGGACCAAGGAAUGAGUCAGAAUAUACAGGGGAAGUGGGAGGUAGAGAUUAAAUCAAAUCACUUGACAUGAAUAUUGUCCUCCUUACUCUUCCUUUUAUACAUAUUAUAACAACAUCUACUGGACAUUUCUUGAAAUGGAGCUCAUAAGGCAUCAUUAGUACAAUGAAAAACAUUGUAUAACGUACAUGAUGUGCACACAUUGUGAAAAGAGGAAUUAAUCAAGGGGAUAACUAAUGGCAUGAAAUAACUUGAAUAUAAUUUUAAAAUCUUUGAUUACUUUCCAAGAUUUGUCUAGCACAGAACACAAUACUGGAGUUUUAGCACAUUUAGUUUGCUUCACAUUGCUUUCAACAAUUUUAGAGGUCAUGCUUAAAUGUUUUGUUGUUGUGUGUCUUACGACCUUAGAGGCAGCUUCUUUUUGUUUUCAUUCCUUCAGUAUGAGCAUUGACACUUGCUCAAUACAUCCCAGUAAACACUUAUCUUUUACUAGUUUUUGCCUGGAAGGUAAACAAGACAUUACGAUUCAAGAUUAAGCAUUAAUGCAACAUGCUCUGGAAAGCAAUCAGCAGUAGUGAAGUUAAGUGUGAAUUUUUAAAUGGGCGAAAUUAUGUAUAACCACUGCUGUGGUCUGUUUAAGUCUUUCCAGUACGUCUGUUAGUAGAAGGCAUAUUUAUAUUUUUUCUGACUGCUUUUUGCAGUUGUUCCCCAAUGCCUCGCAUUAUGAAAUUAGGAGCAGUUAUCAUUUUCAGUCCUUGAGUUUUGAUUCAUCACAUCCUGAAGAGAUGGUUGGUUUCUGAGUUUGUUCUCAUUACUGUGUCAGCAGUUGUUGUUAUUUUGUUGUGCUGGUUGUUAUUUAAAGUAUAUUUAUGAUUUCAAUGGUUCAAUCUAUUUUGGGAAUACUUUGUGGUUUUGUUGCUCAUUGUGUUGCUGUAAUCCCCAAACAUGAAAUAUUUGUUGCAACUUUAUCUGCAACGCUGUCUUGUUGCAGGGCGGUCCCUGUGACAGCAAGCAAAGUGACCUUGAGCAAGACUCCCUAUUUGACCCAUGGGUGCUGCUUCUUACAGCGUCUAACCAGGACCUCUGACCUCCCUGUGGAGGUGUUGAAAAGUCUGCAGUAAAGCCCCCCUUCCUGAUAAGCACACAUCCACCAACUCUUACAUCACAUUGCUCAAGUCCUACCAAUAAAGAAGAUAACUGGCCUGUUAA